AUGUCUACUACCACUGUGGAAGACACAAUAGAGACCCCAGAGGUUAUAAAAACCAUCAAAUCUUCACCAGCUACACCCUCCUACAGAAUAGAGAUCUUCACACGAAGCGAUCUUCUUAAGCAGCCCUUCCUGCAGGAGCUCCGGGACGUCAUCAAUGCCAGCUACUAUGAUACCGGUCUCAGUCAUUUCGAAAAGAACGGACCCCGGCUCCAAAGCGACACCCAGCUUGCCGAUGAACUCCAGGAAACUGGCUUCACUACAAUUGCAUUCGCUCAAAAUGCGAUCAUCGGUACUGCAAGCUUGAAAAUCUGGUCACCAGAUUCCGAAGGCGACGCCUGGAAGUUACCGGGCCAUUUUGAACAAUUCAGCGCGGAUGAGAUCUUCUCCGCGAGCUCUACGGUGCUGGAUAGUCUUGAUGAUGAAUCUCAAAAUGCGUCCUGCGAUGGCGGUUUCGAAAUUGUAGCUGUCGCCAUCACGCCGGACCCUCGAUAUAGGAAGAAAGGCAUUGCGGCAAGCUUGGUCGAGGCGUGUCAAGAGGAACUGAAGAGUAGAAUGUCUCCUGCUCGCUCGUCCAUUAUGCUCAGAUCUAUUCGCGAGGUCCAGGGUUCUUAUUGGCUGAAAAGGGGGUUCCGCAUCGUAGGGGAACAAUAUUGUCCUCCUUUUACCUGGGGUUACAACAAAGGUUUUGUCCUUUGGGCUAUGGAGAGAGAAUUAUCUGUCUAA